AUGCCAGACUCCCGUGAUCCCUCGCCAGAGGACGAGCUCUUCCGUACUGGUCUCCAAGUCCGCCGCGAAGUCCUAGGUGAUGACUACGAGAACAAAGCCAUCCAAGAGCCAAAUGGCUUCACGCAAUUUCUCCAAGAGGUCGUAACCAAAGUCGCAUGGGGCAUGGUCUGGACAAGGCCCGGCUUAAGUCGAUCCAAGCUUAACAUUGCUCUAUUGAGCGCGCUUAAUCGGCCCGAUGAACUUGCUCUCCGUCUUCGAGGGGCAAUCAGAUAUAGAGUCACCAAAGCCGAGAUCCAGGAGGUUAUGCUUCAUACAUCAAUGUAUGCUGGUAUGUCUGCGGCAAUAUCGUCGUUCAAGAUCGCCGAACGGGUUUUAAAAGCUAUGGAUGAUGAGCCAAAGAGGAAGUCUAAGAUUUGA